AUGGAUCAUGUCUACAAAGUGCGCGCCUAUGCUGUCUGGCUUGUCGACGGCGGAGCGCCAACCCCUUGGUCCUGGAAAUUCGGAUCCUCAGACACACGCCUUGCGAUCGCGGCAAACCCCACUACCCCACGCGAAUCUCUUCAUGGUUCCAAUGGCUCUGCUCUGGUCUCUCCAGCUUGCAUAGACCCUCUCUACAGUAAGCCGGUGAUUGACAGCGAGACCGACGAGAUCUCCCCAGGUCCCCAUCACCACGUUGCGGGGCACUUUUCUAACACGUCCACUCGCUUCAACAUCUACUUUCCGCCGAAAGAUGCCUGGGGCGGUCGUUUCUUCCAACUCGCCUACCCUACCCAGUCCGCGAAUGCCACUGAGGAAACCAUUGGGUUCGGGCUAGACAGCAAGGCCUACACGGUCCAAGUCACGGGGUCAAAUGGGUUCCGUGCCGAAGCAGCGGCAGCAAGGUACUCUCGGAUUGUUGCGGCGCGACAUUAUCGUCUUGCAAGCACUCAGCAUAUCUAUGGCUAUGUUUACGGCGGCAGCGGUGGCUCUAAUCAAGUUAUCGGGGGUAUUGAGAAUACAGUCGGCGUCUGGGACGGCGCUGUGGCGAUGGUUCAAGCCGUGCCGAUUUCCGCCCCCAACAGCCCAUCGAUCAGGGCAAUGGCGGGUUUAGUUCUACGGAACAGGAAGACCGAGAUUCAGGAUUCCAUUAAGCCCGGUGGUAGUGGAGAUCCUCUCUCAAUACCAUCAAUGACGGAGCUCGAGCGAAGCAUGCUGAUCGAAGCCACAAAGCUUGGCGUCCCCAUCCGUGCCUGGGAACAGUAUGAUGAGGUCGCAGACAGUUCACAUCUGAACAUCCUGCAGAAUACCAUUAUCCAGCCUUCGGACCCUACAUACGUCGAAGAUUUCUGGUCCAAGCCGGGCUACCUCGGAACGGCGGAUAGUGCGCUCGGAAUCGCCAUGAGAGAGGCCGUGGUUGACUUCAAUGCAACGGUAGAGGAUGUUCAGCUUGACAACGAUGGGAAGCUGGUCAGCAUCAGACUCGACACAGUCCCGGAAGCUGUUGCUGACGUAUACGGGUACGACCUGGGUUUGCUUGGAGCCGAUGACUUUAAAUUAGGAACCAUCAGCGGCACGUUGUCUACGGCCAACUACACCAUGUUAUUCACCGACUACACUGCCGACGCCAACGAUGCCACUCUUACGAAGUUUAUUGCAAAAGGAGUCAAGGUCCACAUCGACAACAAGUCUUCUGUCGCAAUGCACUCCUAUUACAGACACCAAAUCCCGGAACGAGCAGGAUUCUACGGAUUCGACCAGUUCCGGACCGUCAAUGGCACGAACUGCCCCCAACGGACCCUUGACACGUCCAAGUCCCUCGCCAGAUCCGUCUCUGGCGGUAAUCACACUGGCACCAUCGGAUGCAAACUCAUCGUCGUUCAGAACCUGCUGGACAGCGACGCGUUCCCGUGGCAUGCCGACUGGUAUCGUUCGCAAGUUAAGCGGCAACUGGGAGAUCGCUUCGAGGACAAUUAUCGCCUUUGGUACAACGAUAAUGCGGAGCACUUUUACGAGAAAAGGCCUCCGCACCGUCUUACACUCAUUGUGGCGUACAACGGCAUCUACCAACAAGCUCUCCGAGACGUGGCAGCGUGGGUGGAGGAUGGAGUGCCUGCGCCAGUUACCACGUCGUAUGCUAUUUCGGCCGACGACAACUCUGUCCAGGUGCCCCCUACAGCGACCGAACGGCGAGGUAUCCAGCCGGUUGUUGAGCUUCUUGCAAAUGGAAGAUGCAGCUGUACGGUGAAAGCCGGCCAGCCGGUGACGUUACGGGCAACUGUCGAAACACCUUCCGGGACUGGCAAGGUUGUCAAUGUCGAGUGGGAUCUGACUUCGGAGGGCACAUUUACUGCUGUAGGGCCCGCUUUUACGCCUAACCAGACUGUGACGGUUGAGCAGACGGUUGUCUACAACACGACGGGGAACUUUAUCACUAUUGCGAGGGCGACGUCUCAUCGUCAGGGAGACCAGAGUGCCGUUUAUGCGAGGGUGAUGAAUUUGGCUCGUGUGAAUGUUAUUGUAGUUUAG